GAUGGUUAAAGUGUCAGCCCACUGGGCCAGUGGGCAUUGAUCCAAAGUCGCAUCUUUUGCUUCACUCUACGCAGAUCGCAGCAAACCAGAGAUUGAACUCCGACGAUGCCUCCCGUCGCUCCUCGAUCCGGCGAUGCCAUAUUCGCCAACGUCGAACGCGUCAAUGCGGAGCUGUUUACUUUGACGUAUGGCGCAAUUGUGCGUCAAUUGCUCACGGAUCUGGAAGAGGUUGAGGAGGUUAACGAGCAGCUUGAUCAAAUGGGUUACAAUAUUGGAAUCCGAUUGAUUGAUGAGUUUUUAGCUAAGUCUAAUGUCUCAAGAUGCAACGAUUUCAGAGAGACUACUGAUGUAAUUGCAAAGGUUGGUUUUAAAAUGUUCCUUGGUGUUACUGCAUCUGUGACCAAUUGGGAUGCUGAUGGAACAUGUUGUAGUAUUGUUUUGGAGGAUAAUCCAUUGGUAGAUUUUGUUGAGCUUCCUGACAACUGCCAAGGUUUGUACUAUUGCAACAUCUUAAGUGGAGUCAUCAGAGGAGCCUUAGAUAUGGUGUCAAUGAAAACUGAGGUAACUUGGCUUCGUGAUGUACUUCGUGGUGAUGAUGUGUUUGAGUUGCAGGUAAAACUUCUCAAGCAUGUUCCUGAAGAGUAUCCAUACAAGGAUGAUGAGUGAAUUUGUUUUUGUAGUGAUAUAUGCUCGAGGUUUUUAUUACUUCAUUUCUGCAGAAUUAGAUUAUCAUCUUCUGACUUGUCCUGUGUGUAUUUUGAUAAAGCACUAAAUACAACAGAAAAUCUUUAGUUAAAUCAUUAUCAUAUUGGCUUUGACGCGAGCUACGAUCUAUUAUGAUUUCAGAUUGCCAUAUA